AUGUCGGACAAGGCCGAACCGACGAGCCUUGCGCGAGACGAUGCGCCACCUCCGCACAAACGCAGCAGAAGUGACCACCGCAGUCAAUCGCCGCGUCGCAAUCGCGACAGAAGGGACGGAGAUAGAGAUAGCUACGGCGGCCGCGACAGCUAUCGAUCUCGAGGCGACGACGCAUAUCGAGGCUCAGGCCGAGACAGAAGAGAACGAGAGGAAGACCGAUCAGGCGCGCGAGAUGGUGCCAGAGAUGAAUCAGAUCGGGGAUACGCAGACCGAGACCAGGGCAGAGAUAGAGAUCGAGACCGAGACCGAGACCGACCGAGGCCGAAGAAGGGCUUUGGCGGCUUCAAAUACAAGGACAAGAGUCGAGACGAUGCGGAGGAUGACAGGCGCGGCGGCUCGCACAGAGGUUACCGCAACCGCUCGCCUUCCCCACGCCGCCGAGAUCGGGAGCGGGAUCGCGAUAACGGUCCUUCCUCAUCAUCCAAGAAACCCAAGAAGAAGUCUGCCGACGACGAUACCACCAAGCCCCCCACCCGAGCACCUGCAGCAGCUGCUGCCCCCUCCAGCGGCGGUGAGGAGAUGAUCAUCGUGCACAUCAACGACCGUCUGGGGACCAAGGCGGCGAUCCCGUGCUUCGCGUCGGACAAGAUCAAGGAGUUCAAGACGAUGGUGGCGGCGCGGAUUGGGCGGGAGCCGCACGAGAUCCUGCUGAAGCGGCAGGGACAGCGGCCCUUCAAGGACAUGCUCUCGCUGGCCGACUACGAGAUCAGCAACGGGGUGCAGCUGGACCUGGAGGUCGACACGGGCGACUAA